CGCUUGUGAAAGAGAAAUAUAUAAAUGUCUCCAGAGUGUAAUGGCGGCAGCUGAAGCUAGGGCUGUGUGGCAGAGGACUGCUAAUCGUUGCUUUGUCCAAGAAGAUGCCAAAAGAGCUCCUAAGUUAGCUUGCUGCCAAUCAUCAUCUUCAUCGACAAAACAGAAUGAUGCAGGAGCUCCAGGUGUAGCAGAUGCGCCCGAUAAUCCUGCUAUAGGUUUCAUGCCUCUGAACAGAAAUUGGUCACAUUCCAAUCUUCCUGAUGAUACAAGAUGGUGGCUUAAGCUGCAACCUAAUUGUGGGUACCAAAAGGGUUUAACAUGUGAGCAAUUGAAUGCCCUGGAGGCCAAGAUGGAAAUCCUGAGAGCUGGCUUGGUCAAACCAUCCUCUAAGGUUAGCGGGGAACACCUAUCAGAUGAAAGAGGUGUUACUCAUGUUUAUAGCAAUAAAAGUAGUGAGGUUCCUCUUGAUGUACAUCAUGGGAUCUCUGCUGUUUGUAUGAUGAAAGAUCACAAAGUUAGAAAACAAGAUAUAGAGGCUUUAGAUUGUAAGACCACCCAAGAAUUUCUUGAACUGAUUGACACAAGGGAAACCUAUGAAUUUGUUGAAAUAGAUUCUGUGGGAUAUCCAACUUCUAAAAAGUCCAAUGAAAGUGAUUUUGAUCCAGAAUCUCCCUGGAUUGGGGAUGGGAAGGGUGAGCCAUGGUGGCGCAGGACAGAUAAAGAUGAUCUGGCCUCCUUGGUUGCACAGAAGUCACUCUGCUACAUGGAGAAUUGCGACCUUCCUCCACCUCAGACGAUGCACAUUAGGAGAAACCCUUUUGCUUGUUCUCCUGAUAUUAAAAAAGUUGAAGCAUCAUCUUUGGAUUGGAAAUGUAAAGCUGAUCUUAUCUCAAAUCCAAUUGUUCGUGAACAGAGCUCUUCUGAUGCGGGAGGGGCCUCAGUUGAAAAAGUGCAAACACCAGUUGUUUCUGAUCAAUCAUUAAGGUAUAGCACAACCAGCAGGGACAUUCCAGAAAUACAUGUUGUUCCUGAGAGUGAUUCUUGCAAAGCUCAGCUUAUGGAAGCACUACGCCAUUCUCAAACACGUGCAAGGGAAGCUGAGAUGGCAGCAAACCAAGCCAAUUCUGAGAAGGAACACAUCCUCAAACUCUUUUUCAGACAAGCCUCGCAGCUUUUUGCAUAUAAGCAGUGGUUCCAACUGCUACAGUUAGAAGCCCUUUACACUCAGAUCAGGAACAGUGACCAGCCAAUCUCCACUCUUUUUCCAGUGGCACUUCCAUGGACAUCCAACAGAGGUAGGAAACUGAGAAAGAGUUGGCAAAAGGCUAAAGGCAAGCGAAGGAAGCAAAACCGACCCAAAAAUGACACAUCAAAGUAUGCUGUUGCUUUUGCUUUGGGGUUGGGUCUUGUUGGUGCUGGAUUGCUAUUGGGAUGGACUGUGGGCUGGAUGUUGUUCUAGACUCCGUAGGUCAUCAUCUAUCAAAUCCCUUCUUCUGUCGAAGAUUCAUUAUCAAAGAGAGGCGUCAGAAUCUAGUUUAUCAGCACUUUAUUAGAUAUCUUAGUCUUGUAUAUGUACUUCCUCAAUUCUCUACUUAUCAUUUACUUUUAUCUAAUUUCUCUUUUCUCUACUCAUCAUUUACUUUUGUCUAAAAAUGUAGAGCUGUCCAUAUGUAUAAAUUGGUUGAACAUGUUCUCAUGCUGCGAUUUCAUUAAAUUUCUCUUUUGUGAUAUGUAUAGAUAUUAUGUAUUUUAGUUUGCAAUUCUAUAUUUCCA